CUUACACUUCCUUGAGCUAAGCCGCGAACCCAUGUCUGAAAGAGGAGUUGAAGAUGACCCACUGUUGUCAAGGAAACGCUUGGCAUUUCCGGUUUGUGAGAGAAACACUGAGCGGCAACAACGAUUUUUAUUCAUCGGGAAAUGAUGGAUUUAGCGAAAGAGAAAGCGGCACGUCUGCUGAAGAAGCGUGCAAGUGUGUCUUCACUGGGCAGUCAUGAAGUCAGAGCUAAAGAUACCAUUGGAAAAACCAAAGACUCCAUCAGCACUGUGUCCUACAUUGAUGAGCCCGGUCACCAUGACGAUAUUCCAAGGCCAACAGUGCACAUGGAGAACACCUAUCAGCUCACACCACCACAACGUUUCCCAGUGUCAACAGUAAAAGACAUUCUGAAGGAUGUGUUGACCAGUUACCUACAGGAGGAGAAAUAUGAAGCUGACCUUUGCAGACAAAUGACCAAAACAAUCUCUGAGGUUGUCAAGGCCAGAGUAAAAGACCUGAUGAUUCCUCGCUAUAAAAUCAUAGUCAUCAUUUGGAUCGGUCAGAUCAGAGAUCAGAACAUUCGCAUGGGGAGUCGAUGUCUGUGGGAUGCGACACAUGAUACUUACUCUUCACAUAGUUUCAAAAACAACUCGCUCUUUGCCGUCGCCAAUGUCUAUGGUGUUUACUUUGAAUAAUACGGUGAGAAUUGUAAAGCCGGGUUUUAGAACUGUGUGUAACCGAAGACAUCUGACAUGGAUGCUGUCAAAUCCUGUUGAAUGUCUUAGUGGCCUUCAAUAUGGAAAGGUUGUAAAUCAUCCAAAUGUACGAGACUGCCUGAUUUUUCCUGUUCCUAAGAAUAUCUCAUAAUUAUCAGCUAACAUGUAACCAACAUGCAAAAUAACUGGUGAAGUUUCAUAUACAGACUGCAGACCGGGUGAGAACAAGACAAACUGAGUACUGUACAACCACAAUGUGUAAAUUGUUUGUAUUACCUUUCUUGCAUAAAUUGUUGCAAUGGAUUUAUUCUCUGAUUCUGUAUAAGAAUACUCUUAUGAAAAAUUCUCCCAGAUGUAUACUUGUGUUAAGGAAUCUGGGUGAACAGUAUAUAUAAGCAGCCACAGCCAGCUCAUAAUUUUUGCCUUAUUCUAAAAUUAUUUAUUUUUAGUUAAUAAACGUAUAGGCCUGC